GAGACUAUAGUGGGCGACCGUUCGGGCUGUUUCCUUCUCAAAGUGAUGCCCCGUUCGGGCUUCAGUCGGCGUUCGAUUAUAAAAUCUGCAAUGUGAAAUGUCUGACCUCAUUCCGCGGCUCAUCCUAGGCGGAUCUGUAAAAAAAACCUGUAGCAUCUGAUGAGCUCUGUCACAUCCAUAGAUAUACAGUCACAUCUCAAUGUGAGAGCUCGGACAGAUAUGUUGAUGUAGAUCAUUUGUAAGUGCUUGGUCUCAGUCUGGCUCAGGCCUCAAAGAUCUCAAAUCAUGUCUGAAGACAUACUGUUGGUGCUCAGCAUAUUUGAAGGCCGCCACCUGCCAUCACCACCGGGCUUCAGUGUACUAGCGGAGGCCAAGUUUGAUUACCAGAUUCUGCAGUCGGACCCUGUGCCGCUGACCUCACAGCCAGACUUUAACACUGAGCUGGUCUGGGAGACAGACAGGAAAUCUCUGCAACAAUACCGCAUGCACAAGAGCCCCGUCAAGGUGGAGUUCUACGCGAGUGCCGAUGGCUCCACCGAUCUUCGCCAGCUGCUUGGCUAUGUGGUGCUCGACACCCGCUCUGCCCGUGAAAAAGCGCCCGGCGCUGAUGCCGAGGCCAAGUGGCAUCGCAUGUUGGGCUGCCGUCCCAAGUCGCCCCAAGAGCUGCCGUCGGUCCAGUUGGGUCUCAGUCUGGAGCCAAACCUCGGACCGCCGCCGGGAAACAGCGUCCUCGCCGAGGGCACCAUCGAUCUGGCUGAGACCACUAGCAGCGCGCCGGACGGUGAGCCGGAGCAGCGGUACCAGGCCGCGGGGGACAGCCUGCUGGACCGCGACCUCUCCUCCCUGGCACACUCCCCGCCCACCCGCGGUCCCUCGGGCCACCCAGCCGGUCGGCCCGCCGCACCGCCGUCCGCGCCGCCGCUGGUACCGGUACUGGAUGAGCGGCUGGGCUGCUUUCAGCUGGGCCCGCCGACCGGCCCUCAGGAGAUGUUCAAACUGACGGUGAUUGUGGUGUAUGCGCAGCAUCUGCAGCUGCUGAUUCCUCCCGGAGUGGACCUUCCCAGUAGUUCCGGGUUCAACUUCUACUACAGCCUGCUCAAUUGUGAUAUUUGCACAGAGCCCUUCCACAACAUCGUUCAGCCGUCGUUUUUGGCGGAGCGGGCGGUGACACGAAUCCGAUGUCGUCUGCCGGUACUCCGUCAGUACUUGGAGCAGUUGGAAUCCAUCGACUUCCACCUCUGCUGUGGCGACCUCAGUCUUGGCAGUGCGGCCGUGCCCAUCAGCCCGUUCGCGUCCGACCUGGCCGCGCUACCGUCCAAGCCGCUAGUACACGAGGCGGCCCACCCUCUGGUCUCCUCUCUGAGUGGACGGGUCCCGCGUGACCCGUCGGGCACCCACGCCCCGGCCGUCGGUAUCACGGUGGAGCUCACACACGCCCGUGUCAGUGGGGACGGUCAAAGCCAGCUGAGUGGGGGUGACGCCACGCCGCGCGAGGUCCCGCCGGCUACCGCUGCUGCCGCCCCGCCGCCGCCGCCAGCGCCGCCUGUUGACAGUACGAUAGAGCUGGAUGACACGGCGGCGACCACAGAUGGCGCGCGAGUGGAUUCGACGCUCGCUCUGGAUACGAGCGGCCUCAGCAGCGAUGCUGGGUCCCCGGAGGUGGCCACUGUGCGUCGUGCGGCUCCCGCGGCUCCUGUGGCUCCUGCGGCUCCUAUGGUUCCUGCUGCUGCUGCUGCUGCUCCUCCGUCUGCUGCUCCGUCUGCCACGAAUCCUGCUCCUGUCACCGCAGCUCCCGCUACUCCUCGGUCUGCCGCCGAAGAGAUGACUGAUCGGGCGGGUGCUGAAGACUCCCGGUCUCGCCACUACCGCUGUGUGCUGGAUCUGCGGGAGCUGUGUCUUCAAGAGCCCAGCAGGGGUCGUGCCGUCCUCAGGUUCACGUACCCGCACUUUGGGGACCAGUCGCAGCUGAGCUCGGGUGCCGUGCGACUGCCGUGUCGUCAGGCGGCCACCGUCCCUCGCGGCAUCUUCGAGUUCAACUUUGCCGCCACGGCCGGCUGGCUGCGUGCCACCCUGCGCCGGUUCCCUGUGGUGGUGCGGGCCGAGAUGGAAGGGGGACAGGUGCUGGGCACGGCACACGUGCCCCUGCAUCCUGUCCUGCAGCAGAAACGUGUGUACACCACGUCAUCACUGGGCGUUCGCGGCUUCCAGCAGAAUCACUACAGCGUCACCGACGUACUGGACACGGCCGGCGCCGUGGUGGGCGAGCUCACAGUGGCCAUGUCGCUGGACGACCUGGGUGAGGUGGCCGAUCCCCCGCCUCCUCCGCCGACACAGCUGCCGAGGGCGACAGGGCCGACGGUGGCGCCGCCAGACGACCGCGACGAGAAACUCGAGCGGGACAUGUAUGCGGCGGCACGAGAGCUCGAGGAGUGGAAACAGGAACAGAAGCUGCUGUUCCAGAAUCAGCUCCAGCAGCGAGAGGCGUCUCACCUAGCCAUUCUCACCGAAGAAUGGAAGCGUCGGGACGCCGAGCGGGAGCUGCAACUUCAGAACCGACUCCGGGAGGCAGUGGCGCUGGAGGAUAAGUUACGGGGAGGACUGACGGCGCUGGAGGAGCACCAGCAGCGGCUGGAGCAGCGCGAGGAGGAGCUGACGAAGGUGCGCGCCCAGCUGCAGGCCGAACACCAGCAGAUAGCUGGGGAGGUUCGCUCACUCACCGCAGAAAUGGAGGCCGAGUGUCAGAAACGCGUCAGGGAGGAGCAGCAGAAGGCGGCGGACGCAGAGGCGGCGAGCCGGCGGUUGCGGGAGGACGUGGCCGAACUGGAGCGGAAGCUAGCCGAACUGCAGACCUCCAGCAGUCGCGCUGCGGCGGAUCCCCCUCCGCCCCCCUCCUCUGUGACUGCCGAGCUGGAGAGGCGUCUGGAGGCGGCCAACAAGUCCAAACUGUACUACAAACAGCGCUGGGUGGAGACGGCGCGCGAGCUGGAGGAGCGGCGGGCCGCCGACACGCGCCGCACACGCGAGAUGCUGGAGAGGGAGAAAUUGGAGCUGGACAGGCUGAGGGCACAGGUGAGCGCGCGGGACGAGUUCAGCUUCCUCUCGGAGGAGCGGCGGCAGGUGGAGGAACUCCGCGGUCAGGUGCGCGCACUGACACCACGUGACCCGCCGCUCUCCGACCGACCUCUCACCCCCGGUUCGUCCACCGAGCAGCUGCGACGGCUGCGUGAGGAGCGCCGCGUUCUGCUCGAUACGGGACUCUACACGGACAGCGACGCGGCGGUGCGGGAGCUGGACCGGCGCAUCACUCAGCUGGCGGCGCCGGUGGCGGCUAGCUGACGUGCGGCGCGGCCGGCCGCGGCUGUCGAGUCGCAGGCCCGGCUGGAGGAUGGUGGCAGGAUGAGAGCCCCGGAGUCGCAGGUCCGGCCAGAUGAGGGCGGCAGGACGGGCGAGACAGUGCGUCGGCAGAGGCAGGUGGUUCGUAUGACGACAGUAACUGCCAGAGCCGCGGUGUGGAGGGCAGUGGAGAGACCGGAGCCAGAGUCGGAACAGCAACUCCGUUCGCGGUCCGAGUGGCAACAGCAGUUGCAGCAACGGCCGGAGUCGGAACAGCAGCUGGUCCGUUAUUCAGAGUCACAGCAGUCGCCGCGCCCUUGGCCGGAGCAGCUGCUGCAAUUGCAGCAGCGGGCGGAGACGCAAGAUCAGUUGCUCCGGUGGCCCGAGUCACGGCAGCUGUUCCGUCGGUGUCCGGAGUCGGAGUCAGAGUCGGGGCAGUGGACGGAGCCGGACUCGGCACGAACGGAGGAAGCCCGCCUGACAGACUGGCCGUGAUACCCUGAUGCCGCAGGGGCCGGGCCGAGGGGAGGGACGGAUCAGGGUAGGGUGGGGCGAGGAGUUCACGUUAUAGAGGAACACGGGACCAGAGGCACCGAACGUUCCACUUGCGCCUAUCAUUUGUUGCUGUUGUUCAUAUCAUGCAUGUUGCCUGUUGCUGCAUUCCGGACUGCGUGUGUGACCGGGUCAGACUCGCUCGCGUCAUCGCAUCAGUCAUCCCAUUUCCAUCGUCACCCGCUCGCGGCAUGCUCGUCAAAUCACCAGUGUUUUACAGCCAUGUCAUAUUCAUCACCUUUGUACACAGUAUGCCGAUGUAACAAUGUUUUAAUAGUGAAUAAAACGGCUGGCCCGGCGGCCGCCGCGCUCGGA